CCAAAAGUUUAAUAUUGAAAUUGUCGAGAUCACGUUACUGUUAUGUUCGGGCCAUGUGACACAACAUUUCGGUGCUAUGGAGACGGGCCUUACAAAUAGGGGGACGCACUGAUCUCAUUCGCAGAGUAUCUCCGUCCAGACGCAGAAACGGUUCUCAGGCAAACAUCGCCAGUCAUGUUUAAAUUUGGUGUGAUAGCUUUUCUUCUAGUCUGCCUCCCCAAAACUAUGGCGGACACAUGUAGCACUUGUAAAAGUGCGUACGAUACAGCCAAGGGUGAUGCUGCAGACGAUAGCUAAAUGCGCUGCGCUUGUUACAUAUUUGCACUGUCUGGAGGGGUCAGGGAAAGACGCCGCCGGGUGUCCGCUCGUAACUGCUGAUGCCGACGCCAUAGAGUUUGAUUUUACCGGCGCUUCUUGUAGCACGGUUGCGGCAUUUACGGACAUCUGCAUAUGUCAGAAGGAAUUCUGGUGGACCGAUCAAAGUGCUGGUAAUGCAGCCAUUUGCAGCGCCGCCACGGCUUACAUCGCGUGCUUGAAGGGGAAGACAGCAUUGGCCUGUGAUGCUUCCACCACUGUUGUAGCUCUGGCUACUGGCGUCGAGACCAGGAUAACAGCUCUGGGAAGCACAGACUGUGGUGUGUUCAAAACAUCAUCUAGCUUAACUCUUUCACUACGUGUUGAGUCAUAAUAGUUAGUCAUGUAAACACGCACUGACCAAUAGCAGAACGGCAUUAAGGUCCGCUUACAAAAUAACCAAAUACGAAUGCAAUAUUAAUAGUUAUGAAAUGUAGAUUGAUUGCAAUCACACUACAAUGUUUAAAACGUACUGAGGUCAUAUUGUCAUUACUUAUUGAUGAUUUUAUCCAAACCAUCUUGUUAUCUAUUGUCAGCUAAAGCAGACAUCUCCUCUGAUGCCACUAAG